AUGGACUCGUACAACUGGUCUUACCACUCCAUUGCUGGCGCCUACAUGCUCGGCCUAGCACCGCACGCCUAUUACCUCGUCAACAUCAUGAAAACAGGCAAACACUCCAAUCAAAUGCCGAGAGACAGCCAGCAGACCCUCCGUGGCGUUAUCCCUGCAGAUCUAUGGAGCAGACUCUUCCGAGCCAGAAGCGCUCAUAUCAAUGCCAUUGAGGGAUUCCCGCUCUUUGCCGCUGCUAUGCUCGCCGGAAAUGCAGCCAAGCUUCCGACAAGUGAUCUUAACUUGAUCGCGGCGGAGUAUAUUGGUUCUCGUGUGCUAUACACAGCGUUGUAUAUGGGUGCUCGAUCGGAGUUCAUGAGCUAUGUGCGGACGGGUGUCUGGUUCUGGGGUAUCGGACUUCCCAUAUAUACUCUGAUCAAAGCUGGAAACGCCUUCUCAAGUAAUAGCUAG